CUGAUGAAUCCUUCAGUGAAUAAAUUCUCUGAAUCAGACUUACUGCAAGCUAUCUUUGUCAAAAUGAAACAAGUUCUGUGUUAUUAAAAAUUCAUGAAACUAUCAUUACUAACUGGUUGUUCAUGUCAUAUGAAAACAUGUCGUGUAGACGAAGAUUUGCAACAGUUAUUUUUGUGGUACAUUAUAUUUUAAUUUAAAAAAAAAAAAAACUGUGAGACUCAUUUUGACCUGUUUCUCUUUUUUCUCUCUGCAGUUUGGCUCAGGAUAAAGGUCCAAAUAAAAUUAAAAGUGCAUUUAUUCUGCUGCUUAUGUUGACAUUCUUAUUGUCUGCCAUUGCUUAUGCCUCUGAUUUCUUUUUGGACACACUUAGGUUCCCUCAAACAUGGUUUACUAAAGUCAUGAAUCAGACUCAUUAUAAGGUAAAUUUAUCAGAUCAUAAUCAAAAAAAUACAUUAGCAGCUUUGCCAGGUCAACAAAUCCAACAAAGAGGUACAGCAAUUUAUUAUCACAUAGCUCAUCCAAGCAACUAUCAUUUCAUUCUGGAUGAACCUGAUAAAUGUAAGCAGAAUCCAUUCCUGGUCUUGAUGGUCCCUGUGGCGCCCAAUCAGGUAGCAGCUCGUAACGCCAUCCGGAGCACGUGGGGGAAUGAGAGCACAGUCCAGGGAAAAGCAGUGAUUACUCUGUUCCUGGUGGCUUUGACUGGAGGAUCCGACUCUGAAAAAACUCAACAGCAGCUGGAGGAAGAGAGCCGACAACACAGAGACUUACUGCAGAGCAACUUUGUGGACUCAUACUUUAACCUGACUAUAAAGACGAUGGUGAUCAUGGACUGGCUGGCCACUCGUUGCCCUCAAGCGACUUUCAGUAUGAAGGUUGAUUCUGACAUGUACUUAAACCUGGAAAACCUGAUGACCCUUCUAUUGGCACCCGACACACCCAGACAGAACUACAUCACUGGAAUGGUGAUGUGGAACCGACCCGUCAUUAGAGACAAGAACUCAAAAUGGUACGUGUCAGAGGAGCUGUACCCCGAACCGUACUACCCCACAUACCUGCUGGGAAUGGGAUAUGUUUUCUCCAAUGACCUGCCAGAAAAAAUAGUUGAGGCUUCCAAGGACAUAAAGGCCUUUAACAUAGAAGACGCAUAUGUGGGUGCUUGUCUGAAACAGUUGGGUGUUGCACCCUCAUCCCCCCCAAACCCUUCACAGUUUAGAGCCUAUCUGGGACAGUAUAUACGAGAGGAUUUUUUCAAGGUCAUUACGACAAUCCUGGGAUCCCCACAGCAGCUAAUAGACAUCUGGAAGGAUGUAAAGAGGCCCACAUAAAAGUAUAGAAGCACAAAAAAAAAUGAGAAACAUAGAUUUCUGUUUACAAAGACAAGAAACAUGUCUAUUUAAGAACAUUUUGUAAAAAUGGUCACAACCUGUUAACAAUAUGUUCUGAUGGGGCGAGGAACAUUUCAAGCAGAACACAUUCUGGACAGGAACACAGCUUCUUGAGAUGCAUUUUUAAAGCUGAACUUCUUUUAACGGGAAACAGGUUUUUAAAAACACAAUGCUGAUGCUUGAGAUGUAGAUGUCAAAAGUCUACAAAGUUUGUUUACAUAGAAAAACAAUUAAAAAGCAGCGCAGUGCACUAAAAGCAUGUUCUUUCUGAACCGACCUGACGGUUCCACAAUAUUACAACAUAUAUGCACAACCUAACAUAUGUUACAAAUUUUAAGUUAAAAUCUAUAUAUAAUUAUACGGAAUUAAUACACUGUAUGUACAUAGAAAUUCCAUAAAAUAUCCAUUUUAACUGAAAAGUUGAACCGUUUUCACAAGGCAUGGGUAUUUUUCAUAAAUGUCUGUUGGGGAAGAUUGCUAACUGGUGUCAUUUAUAUUUUGUAAUUUUAUACAAUUCAUUAAUUACAAUUUCUGUUAGUCAGAAGAAGGUUUUAAAUUUAUGUACAUUCCAUUUUUCAUUUUUACUGUUUUGUGGAUUUCAUAAUUGAUUUAUUCUUUAAAUAUUUCUGGAAUAAUCAUAAGAGGGAGAAAUCACAUUUUCCUAGAAGGUUUAAUGCUCUAUGAAAACAUAAUGUGAUUUAAAGGUGCAAUGUGUAAAUUUGGGAGGAUCUAUUUACAGAAAUGCAAUAUAAUAUACAUAACUAUGUUUUCAGUGGUGUAUAAAGACGUUACAUAAUGAACCGUUAUGUUUUUAUUACCUUAGAAUGAGCCAUUUAUAUCUACAUACACCGCGGGUCCACUUACAUGUUAAAUCGCCAUUUUGUGCCGGCAUAUUUCUACAGUAGCCCUAAACGGACAAACUGCUCUACAGAGCGUGUUUGCCUGCCUGGCUACUCUCUGCUGUCUCAGACGACGACAUUUUUGUUCUGUGAUGGCCACUGCAGCUUCUCUAUAUUGCAAUUCGCAAUCUCACCGCUAGAUGCCGCUAGAAUUUACACACUGCACAAACUGCCUCACCAAUAUAAAAGAGCAUUUACUCACAAGUAUGUAAAAUGUAUUUAAAUGUAUUUUUUUUAUUUAAUAAUUUUUAAAUUAAAUUGAGGUGUUUAACCUGUGUAAUCAUUACUGUAAAAUUCAUGUUUAUUUAACUUCAUAUUAAAUAAAAAAAAAAGAACACCAUCUCCCAGGUCAAA